CUGGUACCCCUCCUGAAAGACUUGGUCGAUCCUUCAGACGCCUUCCUCCUCUUGCUGAAGGGUAUCAUCUUGCGCAAGCUACGCAAGCGUCUCGAAGCUAUGGAUUGCUUCAUCCGCUCUCUGUUACUCUUUCCGUACAACUGGACUGCCUGGCUUGAGCUGAACGGUGUCAUCGAAACCUCGACAGGGGAAUUGGAGGUGAUCCUACCUUUGCUGCCAGAAAGCUUCAUGAGGUUGUUCUUUGUCGAAUAUCAUUACCGACAGGCGGAAGCGAGCAAGGAACCAGAAAGAAAUGCACUGAGAGUCGAGAGAUUGUUGGAGAUAUUCCCCUCGAAUGCUGGACUGUGGAUCUCCCUCGCGGUCGGGAGAUACAUGCAGCAAGAGUUCGACCUGUCUAUCGAAGCAUUCCAGCAAGCUUUUGAUCUGGAUCCGUUCCGCCUGGAAGGCCUAGCUGACUACUCCAAUGCCCUCUUCCUUCUGGACAAGGGCGACCAAUUAGCUCAUCUAGCCCACACGACCAGCGAAUGGGGUGCCGAGACGGCCGAAGUGUGCUGCGUGGUAGGCAACCACUUCUACUACCAAUCUGACCAUACGAGAGCCAUCGAGGCCUUCAAACGCGCCAUCCGUCUUGACCCUACAUGUAUAGCAGCCUGGAUCCUCCUCGGUCACACCUUCCUCGAAAUCAAAAAUUCUGGAGCGGCAGGUGAGAUGUACCGACGGGCUAUCGACCUCAAUCCGCGCGACUACCGCCCGUGGCACGGUCUAGGCAAAGUCUACGAGUUGCUCGACUCCCAUACGUUCGCUACGCACUAUUAUCUCAAAGCGGCAGGCAUCGCUCCAUUCACGGGGACUAUUUGGCAGAGCUUGGCUAUGACGUAUGGGAAGCUGAACAGACACAGAGAGGCGGUCAGUGCCUAUCGGCGAUACCUCUCUUGCGAACAGGAUUUAGGGGCGCAAUUGGCGACGAUGAAGGACAUUCUACUGCAUCUGCAGGCUUUGAAAGACUCGAGAAUCGGCAGCUGCCACACAGCCGAGCAAGAGGCAGAAGACAUCGACGCCGGUCUUACUGCUGAUUCAGAUUGCGCUAGCAGAAGAGCAGCUGGAGACGAGCCUGACAUUCUAGCCUGGCACCAACGCGCAGUCCGUCUCCUUUUUCACGAGCAUCAACGCUCCCUGGCCCAGGAUGACAACGGCCUCGAGGAAGAGAGACUCGACGCCUCAGCCUCGCAAGGGCAAGCAGAUGUAGGCAAUCUUGACGUGCAAACCUGGGGCGAAUCCAUCCUCCUCACUGCCAAAGUCGAAGCAGGUCUUGAUGCGCAUUUCGACCCUGUCCCUCAGCCUCCCACAGACGAGUCUGACUCUUCAUAUCCGCCCCGACGGAUGCAGGUACAGGCGCAACCCACCGGGAACGUAGACCUCUCGCUUCGUUACCUAGAGUGGCUAUUGAGCGCUGCGGACAGGUCUCCCGAGGUAGGAAAUGAUUGGCCCGCUUGGAGAAGACAGGCUGCCGUGCUGAGAGAUCGGUUGAUGCCGUUGGCUCGGGCAGGUGAUGGAAGUGAAAGUUAGCAGACUCGAGUGUGGGGGCCAAAUGACGAGCGCGAAGUUGAGAUGUGAAGAGUUUCCUUCUAUGACGAUACUCUAGAUGUCAAAAGCCAACGCAAGGCAAUCGCACCUUGUCCUCCCUCUUCCCGGGUUCUUCCCUUCCAUAACUGUGCCUCCUCUUGUUCUAGAUCACUUUGAAUGUACAGCAAAGACGAAGACCGCUGGAAG